AUGGGAUCUUCUUUACCAGAUGUUUUCUCCAUGGAGUUGGAAGCUCCACAACUGACCUACCACGAGCUGCUACAGGUCUGCCCUUUGGGGGGAACCGGCGCUGUUGAUCUCACACGUGUCGAGCGCAUUUCGGAUGGUAGAGUGGUGGACCUGGAGGAGCAACCCUUCAACAUGCAAUACAUGUCCCGCCGUUGGUCGAGGGGAGCAGUCAUCAAAGCUGUGGGCAAAAAUGGCGUGGCAGACAGAGCUGGCAUCAAAGCUGGCGACAUAAUUGUCACUAUCAACGGUGAGGCAGUAUUGAAUGCCACGUUGGAGAGAGUUGAGGAGCUUCUAGCAGCAGACCUCCCAGUGCGCCUCGAGGUAGCGCAGCCGGUGCUUGAGGAACCGCUCUACAUUCGAGAGGCGUCUACAGAUCUGCUCACCAGACUCGCGGACGAUGCUUCUGAGAAAGCGGCGGCGGCGCUGAUGAUGGACGGUUUCCUCAUGAAUGAUGACUUGCCGCAGGACACUCUAGAUUGGCUUCAGUGCAACAUAGGUCGAAGAGGGCCCAUGGCGCGGUCCGUCCUGUAG